AUGGAGAAGAGCGACGAUGAAGGGGAAAUGGAGAUGGAGAGAAUGGAAGAGGCAAACGAGGAAGAAGAGGAAGAGGAGGAGGAAAUAGCAGAGGAGGAGAAGGAAGUUGUAGAGGGGGUGGUGUACUAUGGGGAGUUGAAAUGUCAAGCGCGCCGAGGCUCCGGCAAGGCGUGCACGAACAACGCCUACUUCGCACAACCCAAGAUCCCCUCAGGCGGCCUCGCUUCCUUCCUCACCGCCAAACAUCGAAACAAUAUCAAAAUGAAUUCUAAUAAGAAAAAUAAGAAGACAAACAAAAACACACAAAACCAAGAAAAAAAGAACAAUAAUUCUACCAAAACAGAUAACCACAACAAGGAGGAAGAGGAAGAGGGGGAUGAAGUGGUGGUUGAAGAGAGGUUCCUGUGCGGCGUGCACGCCAAGGACAAACUGGGCCGGCGCCCUCUGCCCAAGCGCGACCCCAAGGACCGGAAGAGAAUCGAGCAGCAGCGGAACGAGGCCGACCGGGCCGCCGUCGAGCAGCACCGACAGCGCAACCAGGCGGCCGGCCGGCGCGGCGACGUCGUGCUCGAGCGGCUGCGGAUGCUCAAGGCCCCGCGGCACCGCGAGGGCUACCUGCGGGUCUACCCCAACUUCAAGCACCAGAACAAGGCCGACGGCUUCGGCUGCGCGCGGCUGUCGCCCAUGUCCCUCGGGCCCGUAGACCACGGCCAGCCCGACCUGCCGCCCGCGCUCAACAUCGAGAACUUCCACCAGGGCACCAAGGUCUUCAAGGAGGAGAUCGACGCCGAGGGCAACCCCGGGCCGCGCUACGUCGCCAACCGGCUGCGGUUCUACGAGGACCCGGUGCCGCACCGGCACAAGUACAGGGCCAGCGGGGGCGGCAACCGCAACAUUCCCCUCUACUUUCUGUGGAUCGAUCGGCGCUACGGCAGCGAGCAUCGCCUGACCUACGUCGAGAGCCGCCAGUUCUACUGCAACUUCUACGAGCGCCUGGCGUCGCAGGAGCCCGACUUCCAGAAGCUGGUGGAGAUGGUGGAGGCCGGGACCAACCUGCAGCUGUGCGGCUACGACGCCCACCCGCUGCCCGAGGGCCAGACCAUCGAGGGUGCCUACCUCGACCCGUCGGUGCCGUUCGGCCACGAGCGCGUGCUCUACGCCAUGCUCCUCCUCCAUGACCGACCUGACGACUUUCCCUGGCGCAAGCACAAGACCUUUGAUUUCUGA